AUGGAUCAGCUGAUCAAACAGCUGCAAAUGGCCGCAGCUGCUCAGGCGCAGGCGCAAGGUCCAAUGACCGCACAUCCUCAUCCGCAUCCUCAUGCAGCAUCCGCCUUGCAGCUUUAUGCGGCAGCAGCGGCCGUGAACCUGCGAGUACCAGGCUGGUCUCCAUUCCUCAGCCUGCCCGAUCCUGCGGUAUCCUCAGCAGCAUCGCCAUCCUCGCCCGGCUACAGCUCGUCCUCCGUAUACAUGCUGCGUCAGAUGGCACUGAUGCAGCGAGCGAAUGCCGCCGCCGCAGCAGCCGCGAUUCGUGAUCGGGACCUGCAAGGAGAUCUGCAGGAUAUGCAGCAAGUGCAGGAUCAAGAAAAUCUGAUGGAAAAACCAAGGCAACAGGAAAACACUGAACACGAAUAUCAUGAGGACUGGAGUCCCCAAGAGGAGACCAACAGCGAGGAGGCAGCUAUCCCAAUCGAACCUGAACCCCAUCUUGAUACCUAUCCAAAUGAAGAUGCCGAACCCGAGGACGCCUCUAAGCGCAGACGCUGCCGGACCAACUUCAACUCCUGGCAGCUGGAGGAGCUCGAAAGAGCCUUCCUGGCCAGCCACUAUCCGGAUGUGUUCAUGCGCGAGGCUUUGGCCAUGCGGCUGGACUUGAAAGAGGGACGCAUAGCGGUCUGGUUCCAGAAUCGUCGUGCCAAGUGGCGCAAAAAGGAGCACACCAAGAAGGGUCCUGGCCGACCGGCGCAUAAUGCCCAGCCCCAGAGCUGCAGUGGAGCACCCAUUCCUCCAUCCGAGUUGCUAGCCCGAGCAAGAGCACAGCGCAGCAAACGUAUGAGAAAGGCCAUCGAGCGGCAGGCCAGGAAGCUGCGACUCAAGGGCAUCGAGGUGGAUGUGGAGCGCCUAAAGUUGGAUUACCUGGCGGCCCACAAGGAUAGCUGGCUGGGGGAUGGGGAUGGUAAACUGCAGCUGGACUUGGAAGAGGAGACUCUGGAGAGCUACGAUGACGAGGAUUUGCCCAUUGAUGUGGUGGGUGAGGAUCUACAGCAUCAUCAUCAUCAUCAUCAGACGGGUGAUAGCCAGGAUCAUUCCUUUUGCUCCUCCACCCGCACCUAUCCCAAGAGCAGUGGCAGCGAAGCCGAGCCCGAACUGGAACUGAAACUGAAGCUGGAGCCGGACGAUGAUCUAGACAUGCCCAUCAAGCUGGAGCCCCAACCAGCCAGCCAGAGCAAGGCCCUCUACAACUCGCCCUUCAGCAUCGAGUCCUUGCUGGGCUCCUAA